AUGUCUACUGAAUUAUUAAACAAACCAUUACCAGCUGCUGACUUCAAGUUCCAAUAUAUCGCUCUCUCCCCAAGUGACCCAGAAGCUGAAGCUUGUAAGAUGCCACAAACUGUUCAAUGGUCCAAGUUCAUCAAGGAAAACAAGACCGUUGUUAUCACUGGUGCUCCAGCUGCUUUCUCUCCAACAUGUUCCGUUUCUCACAUCCCAGGUUACGUUGCUCAUUUAGAUGACCUAGUUGCCAAGAAUGUCGACCAAAUUGUCGUCUUAACCGUUGACAAUCCAUUCGCUAACCAAGCAUGGGCUAAAAACUUAGGUAUUAACGACACUAAGCACAUCAAGUUCGCUAGUGAUGGUGGCUGUAAGUUUAUCACUUCAUUGGGUAUGGAAUUAAACGUUGAUGAAGGUUUGAACUGGAGCGGUAGAUGGGCUAUCAUCGUUAAGGAUGGUAUUGUAACUUACGUUGGUAAGGAAACAAACCCUACUACUGAUGUUACUGUCUCUUCCGUUGAAAGCGUUUUAGCACACUUAUAG